UGAAAAACAAGAAGUAAACGUACAAAAAUAUACAAAAAUGUAUUUCUGUAAAUUCAGCUAAUCAAUUCGUUGGAAGACAAAAAAUAAAAUAAAAAAUCAGCUAAUCAAUUGGAGACAACUAACCAUGCCGAUAGAAUGUUAGAUAGAAUCAAUUGGUGGCCACAUUUUGAUUCGUUGACAGAAAACUGCCGACCCACUUUUCCCAAUGGUGCCUCUGCUAAGCCAAGCGGCCGGCGCCAGAGGAGCCUUACUCUCCACCACCCACCGUUGCUCCCUCAAAUCCGCCCGUCCAAACCCUCCUCUUUUCUCCAAACGCCGCCCCAAUUUCUCCCUCUCCUCCCGCCGCCUCAAACCCAUCUCAUUAGCUAACCCACUCGACUCUUCCAACAACCCCACCACCACCUCCUCCUCCACCACCGGCCCUCUUGAUAAUCAAGCCUCCACCUCUAAUAGCUCCAUCUCUUUUGUCGGCCAACAAAAUGUUCCACUUGAGGGUGUUAUUCAGUUCGAGAAACCCAACUCCAUUUCCCUUCUAUCUAAAUGGGGUCCGGUAGCCUUAUUAGCUGGAGGAGAUGUGGCAGCGUUGCUUUUAUUCUCUGCAAUCGGAAGGUUUAGCCAUGGAUUCUCCGUUUUUGACAUUGAAACCUUCAGAACUGCCGACCCUUUUAUUGCUGGGUGGUUUCUAAGUGCAUAUUUUCUUGGGGGAUAUGGAGAAGAAGGCCGAGGAAAGAACGGUCUGUGGAAGGCUGUUCUUGCUGCUGCUAAGUCCUGGUCAUUGGGUAUUCCGUUGGGAUUAAUCAUAAGAGCAGUGACAAUUGGACACACACCACCAACCAAUUUUAUACUGGUUACCAUGGGGAGCACUGCAGUCUUACUCGUUGGGUGGAGAUCAUUAUUGUUCAGCAUUUUCCCAACUGACAAGGCUAAGAAGAACGAUGUAUACAAGCGUGGGAGCCCUUUUGAGCUGUUUGAGGUAUUUGCUUACGUCGUUGGUGAGAAGAUGGUAACUUCAACAGUGUCAGUUUUGAGCCUAACCCUUUUAGUAUUUGGCGUCAUUUGAGGUAUCUUCUGUAUAUGUAGUCCAUUCAUUUUGUGGUGGGAAGAAAAGUAUUGUAUAUGCACAUGAUAUCAGUAUUGGCAGUGAUAUUUGAUAAAUGGUCAAUCUUUGUUCUUGCAUAUCUAUUGUGAAUGAGAUGAUGAUAUAAAAAAGCAGACACUCUUCUUAUGAUUAGUAAACGGGCUUAUAAAAUGCUCGACAGGCAGUGUAUGUUUAUUGGUAAAUGGUUACUAACAAGAAUGCAUUGAUGCAACUACUUGAACAUAUUUAGGGAUCAAAGAAAGGAU